UUGUUGAGCUUACGGGCGACGCGUCGCUGCCUUUCUUAGGUCCGACUGCAAGCCUUUCUCUUCGUCUUCGUCAUGGCCAUCCUUACUUUUGAUGGCUUUUAUUCAAUCCUUUUUUGGCCGUGACGAAGACGAAGUGAUGUGUAUCUUUUGUAUUACAUGUUUAGCGCCGGCCUCCAUCUACCUUUCUAGGGGACCAGGACCCACUUUCGCAAAGUGUCGAUGCAUUGGUCGGCGAAAACGACAUGGCAUCGAUCCAGCCGGCAGAGCUAGCGUACAUCCUUGGCCAACCGCGUCGGGCAACACCCACGAUUCCUCCGGGAUUUUCGGCUCCGUCCAGUAGGCUCGGGACGCCAGGUGGAAGUAGACUUGGAACGCCCGUGACUGGUUCCGUGCGCCCUGCGCUGCCCCCAGGCCUUCCGCCGCCGCAGCACACCAUAACGCCCGCCGUUCCGGACAUUCACCCAGCAUCUCGCUCUUCCACUCCGAAGAAAACCAAAAAAGACUCAACAAGCAGUAAGGCCAUUGAGACCCGCCCUGAAGCGGGCAAGACGCCAACAAUCGCCAAGCCAGAUCUAGAUAAGCCAACCGCCGAUUCGACUGAGUCUGUCGAAGUUACCGAGGAUCGAGAUUUUGAGUUGGAGGGGAGGAUUGAAAGGAAGGAGGGGAAGGGGAAGACUGAGGGAAAGGCGGAGGGAAAGUCGAAGUCGGAAGGAAAGGGAAAGGCCGGAGAAGCUCUCUCUACAAAGGCCGAGAACCUACCUUCAAAGCCUUCAGCAAAGGCUGAAAAGUCUGCGUCCAAAGUUACUGCUGAUACAAAGGUCACUCCGACUCCUUCAACCCCCUCCAGAGGACAAGAGUCUCCGGAAGAAAAGACCGAAGCCAAGUCUUCACUGUCUACUGCCAAGCGUCAACAUCCUGGACCUCUACAUAUUCCGAAGAAGGAAGCUAUCAUUUCAGAUGCUCCCAUUACUGCGGAUUCCGAACCAGCAAAGAAUCCACGAGCAACAUCGAUAUCAGCUUCGGCCUCGUCCCGACCUGUUACACCCACUGGAGUUACUGGGUCCCCGAUGAAGCGCACGGCCCCUGGUAUCAUGCGCAUCACCAACACUCCGAAGACAGAGACACCGCCUGUUCUGAGCGCUGCCGCAGCGCCGCCUACCAUUCCUACCUUGGCUCAGAUUCGUUCAAGACAACCGAGCGUGGCGUCCAUCAAUCAGCCCGGUACGCCUCUUAGUGAGUUUGUUUCCGAUGCAGCUUCGAUGACAUCCGCAUCCAUGUCGAGGACCAAUUCGCCUCCACCUAAUAGCCGUGUUGGGUCUGCGCCUACGCGUUCGAAGACGAAGAGUCAAGCCAGGAAGGAAAGGCAAGAGCGUGCGCGCCAGAUGACUGAAGAAGAGCUUGGAGAUACCAACACCCCUACGGAGGAGCCUAUUAAACAAGAGGCAAUUCAAAGUCGUAAAAAGAAGGAAAAGAAGGCCAAGGCCCCCAAGCCUGGAAAGACGGUUGAAUCUACGCCUGUUGAUAGCAGUGAAGGCACGCCAGCGGUUGAAAAGAAGGUUGAAUCGCCAGUUAUCGAAGUGAAGGAGGAACCGGCACCGGAGGUUGCCCAGCCAGUGGAGACGCCAAAGCCAGCCCUCACCGCUGCCGGCAUUAUCGCGAAGCUUGAAGUUGCUGGCGAGAUCAGUCAUGAUGCUGUUGAAAAUAUUUUUAAGAGCUACCCCUCGGGUCCCAACGAUCGUCAGAUUGCACUGGCUGACGUGCCGAACCGCGACCGAGAGUACCACAUGGAAGACGAUAUGAUCAAAGCUGUUGUGGAGUCUCACCAAGCACAGCGUCUCGGUGGCGAAGACGGCCGCAUUUCAUCACGGAUUCUCGUCACGCCAACAGGCACCAUCAUGCGCGGCCUGUCCAAGGAAGAAGAAGACCGCUACCUCGAGCUAGAGGCGCGCCUGACAAGUUCGAGGCCGCCAGCCAAGUGGACCCAGACCAAAGACCCGCCGACGCUGGACCUCGACAAGAUCAUGCGCGGUCUGAACAUCAAGACAGUGCUGGAGAGCGCAGAGAAGCUAGCACGCCAACAAGCGCAGCAAAAGGUGCAAGCAGCAGCCGGCACACCCGCCUCGGCCCACGCUGCGCGCGUCUACGACGAAGCCGCCAACUACAACGACGAGUUCAUCAUGCCAGCCAGCCCGACGACGCCAUCGGCCCCCACCGCCGCAGCAGGAAGCACGCCGACAGCGACGUCACUCCCCUCGUCAGCGCAAGCAGCGGCCGUGGUAGCAGCGGCCGCGGCGACGGCUGCUGCGGGCCCAGCUCCGUUUGGCAGCCGCUACGUGCAUCUGAACGGGGUGGAGCUUUCGGACGACACGGGCGCAGCGCUGGGCGUUGAGGUUGCGGGCAAGAUUGCUGGUGCCGGUGGGUUUGGGCUCGGUGGUCGUGCGGGCGUCUCCGGCCUCGUCGAUGUCGAGCGCGAGCUUAAUUUUGAAAAGCAGCGCGCGAAUGAUCUUACGAAGAAGUUGAAUGCUGCUGUUAAGCGGAAUAGACGCAUGGUUGCGAGUGCGGGGCAUUGACUCGUGUUUUUGAGGACGGAGGGGCUGGUGUGAGUGUGUGAGGGGGUGUAUGGGUAUGUGCAGUACAGUUGCUAUACAUAGAGGAGCUGUGCGAUGGCGGUGGUUUUGCUAGAUGAGCGAAAGAGAAGGAAAAGUUUUUAGGGAUGGAUGGGGAGAGUCUCACGCGUUUUGCUGUUGCUGAAAAAAAGGUAUUAUAUAUUUGUACAGUAUAUAGGUGUAUGAGUAAAUGGGUAAGAAGUGUUGUUGUCUGCUCGAGUGGAUUUAUCUUG